UAAUGGCGUCUUUAAAGUUAAAAUUGACACUUAUCUGCUUGUACUUUGUUUUGAAUUAUUUUCCUCUCAUUUGUCCUGCCGAAAUUACUGAAAAUGUGUAUGGGGACCAAGAUUUGAAAUUUGCAAUUCAGAAAAUUAACGAACUACAAAAAAUUGUGCGUGCACAGGACGACCGUAUCUCUACGUUGGAGAAAGACCACAGUGAGUCAAACGAGCAUGCAGUGACAGAUUUACAAAAUUUGGUGAAAAAACAAAACAAUCGUAUAGCUCAGUUAGAGAAAAGAAUCAAAGAGUUAGAGACUGUGGUAAAGGCUGAAGAAUAUACACCGGUUGAAACCAAAGGAUAUACGUUGCUUUCUAAAACAAAGGAUUUUCUCGCCAAUUCAACUGAUCACUUUACUAGAAAAGAACGUUUGCUUAGUAUUCAGCCUUCAGUAGUACCGGUUGACAUGGUCGCUUUUUUCGCGUACCUAUCUUCUAUGACGCCUGCGUCAGUUGCUCACUACAUUUUUAAAUUUGACAUUGUUGUAACAAACGUAGGAAAUGCUUAUCAUCCACACAUGGGAACAUUCAUUGCGCCGAGGUCUGGUCUUUAUGUGUUUACAUGGACUAUUCGAGUAAAUAGUAACUCAUAUCAAACGACCGAGCUUGUGGUUAACAAUAAUGUCGUUAACUUGUUGCACUUUAAUCCAAAUAACAAUGUAGACAGUAGUGUAAGUAGUACUGCUGUUGUGCAUGCUAAUCAAGGCGACGAUGUCCUCAUUAGAACAAAUGCAGAUCACCACACUGGUAAUGUUGAGAGCAACCCAUGGGGAAGAUCGUCGUUUGCCGGUUGGAUUUUGAUAUGA